AUGUCGGACGCAGGAUCUUAUCGAGGUGAAGAAGAAGAGUGAGUUCUUCAUACCUACCAAACACCCCCACCCCCCCCCCCCGCAGCUGUAGUUCGUCGAAUCAGCUCAGGCUUCAAAUCCAGCUCGUUCGUGAGCCAAGGUCGGUUGACAGGAUCGUUUGAGGGACUGAUGUAUUUGUGUUACCUUUCUUUGGGCGUGGUUGGGGAAUAGUUUCGAGCAGAAUUACGUGAGUUGAAGAUGAGCACCGUCUCAGCUUUUUGACGCGGGGGGAAAGGGGAGCCUUCGUCGUGGAGUUUGCAGAGUCGGAUUUGGGGCGACAACUUGGGACGUACAGUGAAUCUUAUAGACUCAACAGCCUCUUGGAGGAAGGCUCGUGUGAUCUACCAAGUGGGGGGGGGGGGGGGGCAAGUGAGGGCGGGCACAGUCGAUUGCGAUUGCGAGAGAUCCUACGACCCCCCCCCCCCCCUUUCCCCCCUCACCCCCAAUCGAGAGCUUGUACUGAAACCCCUUUUUUUUUCUCUGUUCGUCUCCCCUAGGACGCCGAUUACAACCUCGACGAAUCGACCGAUUUCGCAGCGCUUCAAUCGGAGAACGGCGUCGUCGAAUCAGGUCAAUUACCCCCCGGUGCUAAACGACCUUCGAAACCGAACGAGGAGAGGGUCACCACGCCUUAUAUGACAAAGUAUGAAAAGGCGAGGGUGUUGGGUACGAGGGCUUUACAGAUCAGGUGAGUUGGUUCGACGAAUGGAGAGAGAGAGAGAGAGAGCUUUGUGGCGCAAUUGGGUGAGAAGGGGGGAGAAAGGGUCGAUGCGCUGACUUGAGAUCCCCAUUCGAGUAGUAUGAACGCCCCCGUACUCGUUUCUUUGGAAGGCGAAUCCGACCCUUUGAUGAUCGCGAUGAAGGAAUUGGCAGCGAACAAGAUCCCUUUGGUCGUCAGGAGGUUCUUACCCGACGGCAGUUACGAGGAUUGGUUGUGUUCGGAAUUGUUGGAGGGGUAA